CGCCAGCGCUGCACUGCACACAAUGUAAAGCGCAGCUCAUGCGUUUAUUAGAAUUCACCAACGUCACAAAAAAUGAUUUUUUGCAAACGUGACCAUACAAGGACCAGACGCAAUGUGGCCGAAGAUGAUUCUCGCUGCCAAUUUUUUAUAUUUUUUGCUACGGGACUGGCGUGUGGUUUUGCUUAUUCGAUGUAUUUUUACAAAAUCUACUUAAGAGACGACGGGAGUAAAAAUGAGACUGCUAUGGCUGGAAGUUUGCCAAUGCUGGUGCAUGAAACAAUGGAUUUGAAUAUUUCAAUAAUAGAUCAACUCUUUAUGGAUUCGCGUGCUCAACAGUCAAAGAUUAUCUACGAGCAAGUCCGAGUCUUGUGCUGGGUUUGCACAUCGAGCAAAAGCCACACUAAAUCUGCACACGUUAAGGCCACUUGGGGCCGCCGCUGCAAUAAAGUCAUUUUCAUAAGUGAAGCUGAGGACGAGUUUCUUCCCACUGUCAAAGUUGAUGCACCGCCAGGCAGGGAAGGUCUUUGGGCCAAAACUGUCGAGGCAUUCAAUCAUAUUUACGAGAACUAUUCAAGGGAGUAUGACUGGUUUUUGAAGGCGGACGAUGACUCGUAUGUGAUAGUAGAUAAUUUGCGGAAAUUCCUCUUGCCAUAUAAUACCAAUGAACCGGAAUAUUUUGGUUUUAAUUAUAAAACAAUCGCACCAAAAGGCUACAUGAGUGGUGGAGCAGGAUAUGUUUUGAGUAGAGAGGCCCUGAGGAGAUUAGUGAAAAUUGCGUUUGUUGGAGACCCUAAACAGUGUCCAACUAUUGCCGGCCAAGGAGCAGAGGACGCUGAUUUAGGCCGUUGUUUGCAUUACGCCGGAGUAUACCCUGGCGAUUCAAGAGACAGUAAAGGCCACUACCGCUUUUACCCUUUCAAUGUAGAGUGGUAUACAAAUCCUGCUAUAGAAUACACUGACUGGUGGUUUCCUCAUUUUAUCAAGUGGCCUCAAAAAGAAAGAGAAGAUUGUUGCUCAAAAUAUCCAAUUUCGUUCCACUACAUGCCGCCAGACACAUUUUACUUGAUGGAAAAUUUGGUGUAUCAAGUUAAUCCAUUCCCCAUAACUGAUAUGGAGCUUGCUGAGAGUCCUCCUAAAAAGAAGAAAACCACCAAAACCACCGAAACUACCUCAACCACUCGACGCCUAACUACUGGACUUGUUGCCGCAAAUAUUAAGGAAUCUAAUGUAACUGCAUCAUUAUUUACAAGUGGCGCGACUAAAUCACCAAACACUUCAACUCCUUUUGUAAAUAACUCAAAACCUGUGAACACUACUGUUAGUCCGGAAACGCUAAAAUCCACAAACAGAACCACGCGAAAAAUUAUUAAUGAUGUAACACAAAAAUUAACUUCAAUCAAAUUUAGCUCACUAUUCACUCCCACGACAAAAAUUUUAACUCAUGAUCAGAUUACAAAAUCAAGCACUCGUCUCUCUACAAAAAAUUUGAUGACAGUCACAUUAAGUCCAAGCAAAAUUGCUCCCAAGGAGCAGAUUAAAAAAAUAAGUAAAAUUGCUGUACCUACAGAAAAAUCUAUCAAAGCCAAAUUCAGUAAAAUUCCCCCUAAAGAGUUGGUUACAGAAUUGAAAAAUCCUCUUGUGCCGAAAGAAAAAUCAAUUCCAACCAAAUCGAGUCAAAGCAAAAUUGCUCCUGAUGAGCAAAUUACCGAAAUGAGUGAAACUAUUGUACCUACAGAAACUUCUGUUGGGGUCAAAUUCAAUGAAAAUAAAAUCCCCCGGAAAGAGAAGGUAUCAGAAGUAAAUAAACCUGACGUGCGUAUAGAAAAGGUUAUAUCAGCCGAAUUGAUUCCAACUAAAACUCCCCCUGAAAAGCAAAUUACAGCAUUUAAAAAGCCUGUUGUGCCUAUAGAAAAUUCAUAUCCCACCGAAUUGAGUCGAAGUAAAAUUUCCCCUGAUGAGUUUUCUGAUGCAGUUACAAAAAAAAUUAAAAGACAUGCGGAAAGCAAAAAUUUUAAAAUCAAAGAAUGAGCAAUUGAAUGUUGUUACCUCUACUGAUACUCUAAAUUAAUUUAUUUCCAUCAAAAUGGUCUACACUUUCAUUUUAAAAUUAAUUAAUCCUUGCUAAU